GGUUUUGAGUCAACAGCUGUGAGUCAUCUUGGUAGUAUCGGGUUGGAUGCCUAAAGCUGCAGGAAGAAGGAUCAGGAGAACUUUCAGGAAGAAACUAUCCAACAAUUCAGAUAUGGCAGAAAUGAAGUCAAUGUUCCGGGAAGUUCUUCCGAAACAAGGGCAGUUGUCUGUAGAAGAUAUAGCCACAAUGGUGCUGUGUAAACCCAAACUUUUACCCCUAAAAUCUCUGACUCUGGAAAAACUAGAGAAAAUGCAGCAAGCAGCACAGGAUACAAUUCGCCAACAGGAAAUGGCAGAAAAAGAACAACCGCAAAUAAGUCACUGAAUGAUAACUUAGCACUUCUGCAGAACACCCUACACCUUCCUUAUUAACAAUAGCUAGAAAAUAACCUGCACCUGUAUGCUUAAAGCAGUAUGUAUUAAUAAAACAGAUUUUAUUCCCAUAAUAUAAAAAUAACCAAGAUUAAUAAAACUUGGAUUGUGAAUUUAAA